UAAAGGCAUGUUUGCUUCUAGCUGCACAGUUUUAAUGUUACCGAUCAUAUGUCAGUAAAGAAUUAUGGGAAUGUGAACACGUAUGGAACAGUCAUCUCCAAGAGUCUCUGGUGCUGGACAAUGAGGAAUGGACCAUGAGGACUUCAGUAAAGGGUUGACAAGCUGCAAAAGCAUUUGGAAGAGGAGCAUAUUCCAGUGUCUCCUUACACAUUAGGGCAAUGGCGUUAGACCUGCGUGGAAAUUUUCCAGAUGAAAAGGAUGACAUGUUUGUGAAUGUAACUCAACCACGAGACAACGCAACGGUUUUCAAUGAAUUUCUUAGAAUCUUGUUUCCUGUGCUAUACCUUGUUAUAUUUCUUGGGAGUGUCAUGUUGAAUGGACUUGCAGUAUGGAUUUUCUUCCACAUCCGGAACAAAACUAGUUUUAUUUUCUAUCUGAAAAACAUUAUGGUUGCCGACCUCUUAAUGACGUUAUCCUUUCCUUUUAAAAUCAUACAAGCGUCUGGAAUCGCAGCAUGGCAUUUCAAUGUCUACCUCUGCCGCUACACUAGUAUCUUAUUCUACACCAGCAUGUAUACAAGCAUUGCGUUUCUUGGACUCAUUAGCAUCGACAGGUACUUGAAGGUGGUAAAACCAUUCGGUAACUCUAAAAUCUACAGCAUUAAGUUCACCAUGGUGGUGUCUGCAUGUGUCUGGCUAUUUAUGGUUCUGCUUGCAUUACCUAAUGUAAUCCUUACAAACAUUCAACCGACCAGAGAAAAUAUACAUGACUGCAUAAAUUUGAAAAGCCCACUUGGAGUGAAAUGGCACAAAGCCAUUAUUUACAUUGAUAUGUUUUUAUUCUUCACCGUGAUGGUUGUGUUAAUCGUGUGUUACAUUUCAAUAUCUCGUCACAUCCAAAAAUCAAGCAAGCCAUUCGUCAGUUGCUCAAGUCGGACACGGAGACACAAUCAGAGCAUCCGAAUCGUGGUGGCGGUAUUUUUUAUCUGCUUUUUACCCUACCAUCUAUGCAGGAUCCCCUUUUUAUUUAGUAACCUGGAUUCAGUUCUAGAUGAACACUUCUAUAGGAUUUUGGUCUACUGCAGGGAAUCAUCACUCUUCCUAUCAGCAUGCAAUGUCUGUCUUGAUCCCAUCAUAUAUUUCUUCAUGUGUAGGUCUUUCUCACAAAGACUAUUCAACAAAUCAAGCAUUAGAUCAAGGAGCGAAAGCAUCCGAUCUCUUCAAAGUGUCAGAAAAUCUGAAGUACGCAUAUACUGUGAAUAUACAGAGGUUUGAACUCUAUUACUGUAACCUGAUGUAUACAAUUAUUAAGAAAAUAUAUUUGUUUUAGAAUGUGAACAUUUUAGCUGCUGCAAUUAGUCAGAAAUCAAAUAACUGGGUCUCUGCACUUAUUGAAGGAAUCUGAGUUAGCAGUCAACACCACUUUGUAGCAGCAAAGUA